AUGUACUACAUUCCUCGCGAUUCAUCCAAGUUAGCGCAGUAUAUUGUUGCGAAUUUCCGAGUGCUCCAGUUGUUUGUGGGGUCGACAGACUACACUUGCAGUGGAAAGGAUGGCAAUAAUUUCACGCACAUCACUACCUACUCACGUGACCAGGCUUGUACACCGGCCAGUGAGGCAACAAUUAGCGAUAACCUAGUACAAAACGAUGGCCAUGGUAACACCUCGAUCGUUUCACUGCAGGAGCUAACUUCCAGCCAGUACCCUGCUGAUGGAGGCCUGGCACGUGGCGAUAUUUUAUACCUGGCUAUUAGUGGAUGGUUGGAAGGCAAAUAUGUGUACGUGAAAAUCGUGUACCUCGAUGAGGUUCAUUUGAAAAAGUGCUCAUCGAUAUUGGGUAACUCAUACGUGCCCUCGCAAACGUCCCAGUUGCUUAUUAGCGAUACCCUGGACCUUGAUGUGUUGAUAAAUCCUGCCGGUGCUUACGAUGGCUUUAGAACGGGCUGCACUACCGUCUGUAAUGGACAGGGAUACUAUUUGUAA